GGAGAAGAAAGACGGAUACGUAGAGCAAGUGCUCUAGAAUACAGGAAGCAAACAUAGCAGCAAGAGAGCAAGCAACAGCAGCCAGAGCAGCUGCGAUGGCUAACGGCGCAAGCUCUGCUGCGUCAUCGUCUGCGUCCUCGUCCGGGACUAGUGGGACUCAAUUGGGAAUGCCACUGAGUUCCACAAGUUCCUCGGGCACUUCCGGUUCAACAGGGUCUAGACAGUCUUCUAGUCAAAUGGCGGGCUCGCAGUUCAGCCCGUUGACCCCGCGUGAGAGGGAGCUCAGAGAGAUCCAACAGGUCGAGAGGCUCCGCCAGCAGUUAGAGGAGGAUCUGAAGAAAGCAACCGAUAGAGAAAGAGAGAUAAAAAGCAGAGCGGCCAGACUUGAUACGUUAGAGGCUGACAAGGCUGCGUUAGAGGGAUUGGACGAAACAGGUUUGUCUGACACCCUGAAAGUGUUGAAGAGCAACAUGUUGUCACUGCAUGCGCACGUAGACAGCAGGAUGGACUUCAUGCAGAGCACUUUGGACCAGAUCCUGGAUGCAUUGACAAAGCCGGGAUUCCGGCCACCAGCACAAUCGCCGUUGCCGUUAACGGCGAUGUCAGGCCCCUUUCCCGUACAAGUUGGCACACAAACAAGUGGUGAGAGAAAGGACGAGGAACUCAACACAUGGUUGAGGACCGUCCCGGUUUGGGUGAAGGCCAAGAGGACCUUGCCAGAGGAUGAAGUGGUAACUGCGACAUCUUACCUAGAGGGUAAGGCAGCCAAAUGGCUAGAUGGGGUAGUUGUGAAAGCCGGCGACCAGUUCCUGUUCACAACGUUUGUUAGAUGUCUUCCAGAGAACAUCAGGAACUUGCUGGCCAGUGAGGCACGCACCGAGUACCACUCGUUUGAGACAUUGUCUAGGAAGGCUUUAGAUCUAGAGGCCACGCUAGGCGAUGCUCAACCCACCUCAGGGAAUGACUCAAAGAAGAAGAAGAGUCCUCAGGAGUGGAAGAAGAAGGGAGCAAAGUUGAUGAUGGUUGAGUCUGAUGGGACUCAAACUGAGAUUGACGAACUCUCUGACCUGAUGGACUAUACAGAGAAUGACGGCAAGGAGGUAGCUGCGGGUAGCACCCUCGCCGCAGUAGUUAAGACUAACGCGGCUGGCCGAGGAAAGGGCCAACCUAGGGGUCAAGGGAAGGCCGCCUCCAAUCAGACCAAACAGGCUGAAUGGAUUAAGGCAGGUCUUGAUCAAGACGUGUGGCGUGACCGCCGAACGCGUGGUGCUUGUAUCAACUGCGGGCAAUACGGACACACGCAGUACAAGUGCCAGAACGCUAAGGACCGGGUACGACACCUUAGUAGACCAGUAGCAUCUACUUUGGCCAACAAGGAGCGCAUGAUUGUCACAGACUACAUCAAGGACGUAGUCUGUACCUUCUCCUAUGGAGGAGGUGAGCUUAACCAUAAGAUCUCGUUCUUGGUUAGUGACGACUUGCCAUUUGACAUGUUGCUAGGCAUGUACUACCUCGAAAUUGCUAAGCCCCAGUUUGACUGGGGUAAGAAGGUGCUCAAGCAUAAGUUGCCCGAUGGCCGAACAGUCAGGUUGACUAAGUUCAAGGCCAGUAGCAUUAUAGAUACCUAUGGCUGCUUGUGCGCAUCUGCGUUCUACAAUUACUAUAAGCAAAACCAAGAGGAAGGAUUGAGUGUUUCCAUGGAUUUCAUGGACACUCUGUUGACCAGCAAGAGUGCACUAUGCGCUCAUCUCCACAUGUACUUGUCCUUCUAUGCACCACCAACUUUGCCAACGGAUGACGAAGUCGCGGUGGGGAACAUCCUUGCGUAUGUUACCAAGGUGGCCCGCGAGUUUUGCAAGCAGCGGUACGAAGACAACAACGCACCGCUCAUGUAUGUCCGCAUCCAGGUUGGGCAAGCGCCCUGCAGUGCUUUGCUGGAUAGCGGCUCGUCUCGCAAUUUCAUGAGCCAAUCCUUUAUGCAAAGGGCUGGCCUUGGCGCACAACUUCGGAGGAAGGCAAACCCGACGGCGAUGAAGUUGGCGGAUGGGAAAACGCAGCAACUUCUCGACUGUUACAUCGAGGCCGUACCUGUUUAUUUCGCACCUCAUGCAUGCGAACCGGUGACGUUCGACAUUCUCGACACAGACUUCGACAUCAUUCACGGAAUGCCUUGGCUUGCAAGUGCGGAUCACACGGUCAACUUCCGCCGGCGGACUCUUAGCGUUCGCGACGCCUUCGGCGCGGAAGUGGCGUGUACUAUUCCUCUACCGCACCCUUCGAUUCGGUGUCAAGUGGUGACGACCAAAUCAUUCCGGGCGACUUGCGCUUACGAGCAGCCCGAGGAGAUCGGCCUAUGUUUCCUACAGACCGUCGCGGUAGCCGACUCUUCACCCAUGGACUUGUCUUCGGACCCCCGGGUGGUGCGGUUGCUGGACGAGUUCACCGACAUCUUCGAGUCACCUACCGGUGUGGUGCCGGAUCGGCCGAUCUCUCACGAGAUCAUUCUUGAGGCCGGUGCCGUACCGCCGAAAGGUUGCAUCUAUCAGAUGAGCGAGGAGGAGCUUGAGGUCCUCUGCGCACAACUCGACGAUUUGUUGGCCAAGGGCUGGAUCCGCCCUAGUAGCUCCCCAUAUGGAGCACCAGUUCUCUUCGUUCGGAAGAAGAACAAGGAUCUACGAUUGUGUAUCGAUUACCGCAAGCUCAACGCGCAAACCGUCAAGAAUGCGGGGCCUCUUCCUCGCAUCGACGAUCUUCUUGAGCGAUUGGGCGGCGCAAAGUAUUUUUCUAAGUUGGAUUUCAAAUCGGGAUAUCAUCAAAUCUCGAUCCGGUCGAACAAUCGCUACAAAUCCGCGUUCAAGACGAGGUACGGGCAUUUUGAGUGGGUGGUCAUGCCUUUUGGCCUCACCAACGCCCCGGCGACCUUUCAAGCGGCAAUGACCAAUGAGUUUCAUGCAAUGUUGGACCGGUUCCCGGUCAUUGGAGGAUCAUCUUGGGCAUCUUCGACGAGUGUUGGAGACGCUCCGCCGCGCCAGGUACAAGGCCAACCUCGACAAGUGCGAAUUUGUUCGGCAAGAGCUGGAAUACUUGGACAUUUUGUCACACCGGAGGGCAUCAGUCCGCUAUCGGACAAGAUUCAGGCCAUCCAAGAGUGGUCGGAGCCUCAGAACAUCACGGAUGUUCGUUUGUUCCUUGGCCUCACCGGCUACUACCAGCGUUUUAUCAAAGGCUACUUAAAGAUCGCGGCCCACUUGACCAAGCUUCAAUGCGAGGAUCGGCCGUUUGACUUCGGAGAGGAGGCGUGGGAAUCAUUCUUGGCUCUCAAAGCCGCGCUAUUGUCUGUGGAGGUCUUGUGGAUAUACGACCCGCUUUUGCCUACGCGCGUCACUACGGAUGCGUCAGGCCAUGGCAUUGGUGCAGUCCUCGAGCAACAUGAUGGUGUGGACUGGCAUCCGGUCGAGUAUUUCAGCAAGAAAGUGCCCGUCGUGCAUUCCAUUGACGAUGCACGCAAGAAGGAACUCCUCGCCUUCGUCCACACGCUCAAGCGGUGGCGGCACUUCCUCCUUGGUCGAAGUCAAUUCCGAUGGGUAACGGACAACAAUCCAUUGGUCUUCUAUAAGACCCAAGACACCGUCAACAGCACCAUCGCUCGAUGGAUGACGUUCAUCGACCAGUUCGACUUCUUUCCCGAUCACAUUCCCGGGAAGUCGAACCGUUUUGCGGAUGCUCUUUCACGGCUUCCGAAUCACUGUACCGCGGUCUACUCAACCUUCGAGAUCGAUGAUGACCUGCGGAACAGCUUCAUCCGCGGCUACCAAGCCGACCCCGAGUUUCGCAAUAAGUACGCAAAUUGCUCCUCUCCUAAUCCAGUGCCUUCUCACUACCGGAUCCAAAAGGGGUACUUGCUUGUCCACACGCGGGGAAGGACCUUCUUUGCGUACCGAGUGAUCCUCACUUGCGUACACGGCUUCUUCGCGAGUUCCACGAUGCUCCCGCCACCGGACACUUUGGAGUCAAUCGCACGAUUGGCCGACUCCGCAAGCGAUUUUGGUGGCCCGACCUUCUCGGCGACGUCACGCGCUAUUGCGAGUCAUGCGAGGUUUGCCGACGCUGCAAAUCUCGCAACCAUCGUCCGUACGGCGAGUUACGACCAUUACCGGUCCCGUUGAGGCGAAGAGAAGCGAUUGCCAUGGACAUUACCGGCCCGUUCCCCAAGCACAAGACU